GUUGCACUCACUUCAUAACCGCCCAACUUCCACCGCUAACUUAAUUUCUCAUUAUGCUCUCUGAAUCUCUCUCUCGUUCUUUCUGAGGCAGCAAAGAUGGGUAAAGAAGCGGAGUUUGUUCACCUGAAGAAGAAACCCAUGAAGAAACGCAAAAAGAAUCAACUUCUCAACAAAGUCUUGGAUUAUCUCAUGUCUGACACUUUUAUGUUUGCACCUCUCUAUUCUUCCUCCUCCUCCUCUGUUCCUGAUGGAAUUGAGGAAGAUAAACCCCUGGACAACGUUGGGGAUUAUUUGAAGUCUGAUGACUAUUUGUAUGCCCCCUUGCUUAUUUCCCCACCUCAGGCUUCGGUUCAUGUAUCUAAAGGGCCGGUUCCUAUACAAGAAGAGAUGGACAGAAAGAGAUCUGCUGAUGUGCUAAUAGGAGGGACUGGAAAAGCGGAUGAACCUGGUAGGAAGGUAGUUAAUGUGGUUAGCAAAGAUCAUAACAUGGAUGGUUUUCCUCAUACUAAGAGUCCUAUGGUCACACGUACUCGGGUACGUAGAGAGACUGUGAAGCACAUGAUCUAUCAAAACUGCUGACCUUUAUUUGCGAGUUACGUCAGGAUUAAACCAAUGAGCAUUUUGAUGCAUGAGAGGGUACUCUGAUUUGACAGCUAAAAACUGUUGUGUUGUCAAACUGUUUUCUUGAUCCAGCUUAUAGAAUGUCUUCCCUCUGUGCACUGCAGGAUGGUUCUUUCACUGGUUUUGUCAUAACAUAAUUCUCCUUUAUUAGUAUAGGAACAUAUAUUACUCGUUGGCUGCAUAAAGAAGUAUAAUUGUCUCAAGAGUGUGGCAAGUUUAGCUGACAACCAGACUAAUGUUGUUCGAGUUAGACUUUUGGCUUGAAGCAUUCAGGGAUUACAGUAAUACUGGUCUAUUCCCUACUUUGUCUUAAUUGGUUCAACAUUUUCUCCUUGUGGGUUAUCAUUGGGAUGAGGUUAUACUUCCCUCAAAAAUCAGAAUGCUAGACUCUAUGACAGACAGAGCUACUUUUUCCGCUAUUUACGUGCAUAAUAACUUGCAAAUUUACGAGAGGAUAUUGCGUCCAUUUAAUAACUCGCAAUUACGUGCAUUAUGUUAAUGCUGAAAUAUAUUACCUCUCGUUCUAUAUAUGUGCGUAUCAAUGUCCUGCUUUUUCAU